AUGGAUCCUUUGAAAUAUUUGAUGGAGAAGCCUGUGCAAGAUGGGAAGACAGCUAAAUGGGUAUUGCUUCUCUUAGAAUUCGAUAUUAAAUAUAUGACUCAGAAAUCUGUGAAGGGGAGAUUGGAAGUUGGCUCAUACAAGGUUUUGAACUCGGAGAAAGUUGCUCAGUUUAUUCAGACUAAUAUCAUUUGUAAAUAUGGGACUAAUGGAGCAGUUGAGGCUGGUAACAAGAAUAUAGGGCGAAUCCUAAAGAAGAGCACGAAAAACUACAAGGACUGGCACCUACAAUUACCCUAUGCACUUUGGGGGUAUAGGACAUCAAUUCGAACUUCCACUGGAGCCACUCCUUAUUCAUUAGUGUAUGGGAUGGAAGCAGUCCUUCCUAUUGAAAUGGGUGUCCGUUCAUUGAGAACAAUACCGGAGAGUGAAAUCCCCGAAGUAGAUUGGUUACAAAGUAGAUAUGAUCAAUUAUGCAUGAUGGAUGAGAAGAGACUCAAGGCCUUGUAUCACAUUGAAUGUUAUCAAAGGACACAUAUCACUGGAGAGUGA